AUGGAAGCAAACCGGACCUGGCACGAGCCUGUGGUCGAGGUCUACUCGAACCUCAUCACGCCCGGCGUCUGUUGCUCUGCAGCAGCUUACGACUUGGCCAAUCGCCGAUGGUAUCAGUUCAAUGCUGGAGAUCCGGCAGUGCGGGAUGCCGGUUGGCGCCACGAUACGCGACUAGAUGAGGUGCCUGACGACGAGUGCUCAGCUCGAUGGUCGAGAAGCAUAUCAAGGCACACUACCGCUCGACAGCCACUCUUCCUCCCUGGAACACAAUCAACACGAACUCGAGCGGCCUCCCGGUCACUUUCGAACUCUCCGAGGAAGCCCUAG